AUGGAGGAUUCAUUGGAGAAUUGGAUUUCCAAUUUGGAAAUGGAAGACUAUGAUGUUGGGUUGAGUCAAAGUCAUGGUUCAUUUGAUGAACAAGAGUUCCUAAGAGAGAUCCUUGAGGAGCAACAAGAUUUGUCACCUCAAGGAGAGAAUCUAAGCCCCUCCAACAGCAGUGUGUCCUUUGAUGAGGCAACUGGUGGCACUCUCCACAAAAGCAACAGCUCCAACUCCAUCAAGUCCUUCAAAACAUCACCAUCAUCAUGUGCCUCUCCAGCCACCACAUACCUUCUCUCUUUUGAUACUUCAACUGCUGAACCAAUCACUCAUCAUAAGCCUUCCCCAAAACUUGGUUCAUCACUUCAGGAAUCUUCCAGUAAAAGGGGUGCUGUGGUGAAAGAUGGACCUCAGUUUGAACCCUUCAUGGCUCAGCCAAGAAAGAAGGUUAGAAGGUCUUCUGAGAUUCAGCAUCACAUCAUGGCUGAGAGGAAAAGAAGACAGGAACUCACAGGUAGCAUCAUUGCUCUUUCAGCAACUAUUCCUGGACUCAAGAGGAUGGACAAGGCUUAUGUUCUUCGUGAAGCAGUGAAUUACACAAAACAACUUCAGGAGCGAGUUAAAGAGUUGGAGAAUCAAAACAAUGAUAAAAGCGUUCAACAUUCAUCAGCAUUGGUAAGGAAAUAUCAAGCCAACAAAGAAUCACUGUUUGAGGUUGAAGCAAGAGUUGUAGAUGAGGAAGUACUGAUUGGCAUCCAUUGUGAGAAGCAAAAAGACAUAGUCUGCAAAAUACAUGUCUUGCUUGAAAAACUCCAUCUUUCCCCAAGUAGUAGCAGUGUACUACCAUUUGGCACUUCUACUCUUGUAAUCCACAUCAUUGCUCAGAUGGAUGAAUGCAGAAUGAGCAUGGAGGAAGUAGUGAAGAAACUGAGAGAAUAUCUGUUAGAGGUGUAUGACAUGCAACAGUGA